AUGGCUAUACGUCCUAUACAAACUGCUGAAGACAGAGAGGAGAACGCCUUCUUCGUUCCAAAUAUAAUUGGGUACACACGUGUUAUAUUCGCCAUAGCAUCCCUCUACUACAUGCCCCUCCACCCCCGCACAUGCUUCCUCCUAUACAGCAUAUCCCGCCUCCUUGAUGCUCUAGACGGAGCUGCUGCUCGCCGUCUCGGACAAUGCACCCAAUUCGGCGCAGUGCUGGAUAUGAUCACAGACCGCUGUACAACGACUUGUCUAUUGAUGUUUAUAGCGAGCGCGUUCCCAAGAUGGAGCAUCGUCUUGCAGGGAUGGAUUAGUUUGGACUACUCAAACCACUAUAUUCAUAUAGAUAAAGCUAAGGACCGGCAGUAUAUCCUCUUCUUCGUCUGCUUGCUGAACGAGCUGUUCUUUAUCGCGUUGUAUUUGCUCUCCUUCUCAUCUCCUACGCUUAUGCCAUCGGUAUCGGAGGCCUCGCGGGCGACUAGGCCGUGGAGCGCUGGGACAAUGGGAAUGGCUCGUGUAAAAAAGAUAGACAGCGCUGUUCCAUGGACCUUACAGAUUACCUCAUCGCUGUUUAUGCUACUUCAGCAGUAUGUGAAUGUUGUUCAAUUGAUCGAGGCUAGCAAGUGGCUUGUAGGGGGUGACCUGAAAAUGAGGAGGAAGAUGCAUUCCCAGAAAAUUCAGUGGACACAGCCAAAGCGGUGGAUUAGAAUAUUAGACCUGAAGUUAUUUCUGAUUUCUUGGUAUUUCCCUUUUUGUCUAUAG